GCUUACUUGUGUAUCCACUUUGUAUAUACCCAACAAGCUAGACAAGGCGGAGUAACGGCCGCUGUUGCGUGUUCCCCUCGACAUGGGAUUGGGUUCUCUUGUCGAAUGAACUACUGUCACACUGCUAGCUGCGGGAUGACCCCGUAGGUGCCAUUGUAGCACGGGUGAGAUAGGGAGAUGGUCCACCCAGGAAUAAAAGAGACGCUUCCUCAAGUACAUUCACUCCGAGUGGAGACUUAAUGCCUUUACGCCACGAGAGUCAUGAUGGCGCCCACGAUGCACAAUUUCCAUCAAUGGCACACGCGUGCCAUAGAGGAAGGUUCGAAGCAGAUGUCGAUGUUCGCAGUGGCAAUAUCAUUCAUUAUCAUUACAACAUUUGUCAUGGGUGUGAGGCUGCAUGUUCGACUUAACCUCGUUCAAGGCGGACUCGGACUUGAUGACAUACUCAUGCUUGUUGGAACAAUUUUCAAUCUUGCACUUUCGGCUGCGAACAUGAUAUGUGCCUAUUAUGGAGCAGGAAAACAUACUGCCAACAUCCCGCCCGAGGACUUCGAACCUCUACUCAAGUCCAAUCUUGCAGUUCGGUUGUUGUACCUCGCUGCGUUGUGCUUGGUUAAACUCAGCAUUCUGGUCUUCUACCUUCGUCUGGAUCACAGGAAGUUCACCAAAUACGCAAUAUACUUCCUCAUAUUCACAGUGUGUGGACUCUCGGCUGCCACACUUGUGAUCCUUUUGAUUAUUUGCAUGCCCACAUCUUUGUAUUGGGAUGUCGCCCAGCAAGCCUUGCACCCUGAGAAGUGUUGGGAUUUGGACACCCAACAAGUUUUUUACAACGCGCAUGGCAUUCUCAAUAUCAUCCAAGACGCAGCCAUUUACGUACUGCCGAUGCCGAUGCUGUGGAAACUUCAAAUUCCCAAGCGCCAGAAGGUCGCUCUAGUAGCGCUUCUUUGCGUCGGUUUUGUAGCUGUCGCAGCUGGAUGCGUCCGUUUCUAUUAUGUGUUGUUCUUGGCUGAUGAGGCAGAUAUGUGGUGGUAUAUGGCCGACUCGUUGAAUUGGUGCAGUAUUGAAAUUCACGUCGCCAUCAUAUGUGGAUGUGCAUCAACAUUCAAGGUCAUGUUCAAGACCUAUCUCCCAGGUAUUUGGGGCAAUACGAUGGGCGGUUCCGGAAAUCCUCGCCACCAGUAUAAUCAGUCGCAUAGCGGGCAGUUCGCAUUGAAGCCAUUCAGUAAUAGCUCCACACAAAAGUCAAGCAGCAACCGCAAGUAUGGCGUUGGUGAUCUCACUACGGUCGGAUAUGGAAGCGAAGAAAACAUAGUCAAGGACCAACCUGGACAGCCAGGACAGCAGGAACACCAAGAGUGGGAGAAUGGCAUAAAGAUGAGCAAGGAUGUGACAAUUCAUAUCUCAGAAGCUGCAUCAAAUCAUUCUAACGACCUCGGCCGUAAUGCUGAAGUGAGGCAAAGCCGCAUACAACGUGGCUGGUAGAAGAGGGCUCGUCGAUUAAAGACGGGCGUUGCCAAACUUUAGUUAUGUAGCUAUUUUAAAAGUAUUCAUUUUGUGUUCAUUUUGAACACAGGUAUGGCACUUAUGUUCUAGAAUUGGUGUUGAUAAUCGCACUCGCAUACUUGAUUAUUCCAAAUCAGAUGAAUUCCAUCACUUCCUCAUCUAACGGCACUUAAUCAGGG